AUACACAGCUUAACUUACUGCUAUUGGAGGGGAAAAAGUCACUAAUUUGCCCCAAGGUGGGGGCCAGGGGAGAGUGAGGGCACAUUUCUGCAUAAAUGUCAGGUCCUGGAGGAAGCACAGGGGUGCUUCUGGAAGGUUAAAAACAAUAAUGAUGGCGCCUUCACUUUCACCUCCAGAACUGGGCUCCUGGGUAGUUUUAAUUUUUUCUGGGCCUUUGCCUAGAAAGUGAGGAUUCUAGGGAGGCUGCCCAUAGCAGCCUGACGUUCUUAUUUCCUUCCCUCUGGUAGAAACUAGAAACCAGGGGCCAUCUGUUGUUUAGUCCACUCAAAAGAGGAUGUUGGGGCUUGUUUUUCCUCGGGACCCAAGGGUGCUCAGGAGGCCUGCAGCCUCUGCUUGUCUCGAACAAAGCGUCUCUGGAAGGCAGCGGCGUUUUAGGCUGUGGGCACCUCCCCAGGCGGACCCCAGAGCAUGGCACAUAUCCACGACAGUGAUGGGAGUGCCAGCAGCAGCCACCAGAACCCCAAGAGCGCAGCCAAGUGGGCGGCUUCUUUGGAGAAUCUGCUUGAAGACCCAGAAGGCGUGAAAAGAUUUAGGGAGUUUUUAAAAAAAGAAUUCAGUGAAGAGAAUGUUUUGUUUUGGCUAGCCUGUGAAGAUUUUAAGAAAACACAAGAUAAAAAGCAGAUGCAGGAAAAGGCAAAGGAGAUAUACAUGACCUUUCUGUCCAGCAAGGCCUCAUCACAAGUCAAUGUUGAGGGCCAGUCCCGGCUCAAUGAGAAGAUUCUGGAGGAACCACACCCACUGAUGUUCCAAAAACUCCAGGACCAGAUCUUCAACCUCAUGAAGUAUGACAGCUAUAGCCGCUUCUUAAAGUCUGACUUGUUCUUAAAACACAAGCGAACCGAGGAAGAGGAUGAAGAUUCCACCGAUGCCCAGACUGCGGCUAAACGAGCUUCGAGAAUUUAUAAUACAUGAGCCCCCCCCCCCCCAAAGAAGCUGGCAGGACUGGCAGCUUUCCGGAGCAAAGGAACUCAUUCUCAGGGCCAGGCAGGAUUCAUAACGGCUUUGUUAUCUGCAAGGACUGAAAUGUACAAAACCCUUCCAUGGGAUAUGUGUAUUCAAUUACCUGCUUGGCCAGUAAGUUUUGCAUGAUGGCUCAUCUUACAUAAAAAAGACAAAUAGCUUUGAAAUUUUAGUUCUCACACAAACACAUACACAAAGGCGGAAGAGGGCCUUAAACACUGGACAUUUUGAGUAUUUUACAGCUUGAUUAAACUUCAUGUGAGGCCACCAGGUGAGGCUUACAGCCA